AUGCAUCGGCCAAGCGUUAGCGUCGUUAUUCCCACGCGAGAUCGGCCGGACUGUUUGGCGGAGGCGAUCGCCAGCGUGUUGCGUCAGAGCCACCCGGUUUUCGAGAUCAUCGUUGUUGACGAUGCCUCGCGGGACGCUGCCGCGACACAGUCUGCGAUCGGUACAGACCCGCGCGUUCGCCUGAUCCGGAAUGAGCGCUCUUUGGGGGGCGGCGGAACCAGAAAUCUCGGCAUUGUCGAGGCCAGGGGCGAACUGGUCGCUUUUCUGGACGAUGACGACCUGUGGCAUCCCGAGAAGCUUGAGCGCCAGGUUGCGGCCUUGGACGCCGCUGAGGACCGGCGCCGGACUCUCGUCUACUGUGCUUUGGAGGUGCGCGGGAAAGACGGUGAAGUCCGCCUGCCGGCGCGGGGCAUUGCCGCGGACGAGGACGUCGGCGACUAUCUUUGGCGCCGAGGCGGUUGGAUCCAGACGAGCAGUCUCUUGCUCGCGCGUGAACUGGCGGACGACGUCAAGUUCCGCCCCGACUUGGCCGCGCAUCAGGACUGGGACUUCGUCAUUCGCCUGGCUGCGGCGGGAGUUGCUUUCGCAUUCCUGCCUGAGGCGCUGGUGGUCUAUCGCGACGAUCAUGCAGGCGUGCGGAUAUCCCGUCGUCCCGAUCCGCAGAAAAGUCUGGAAUGGCUCGAAAGCGUCCGUCCGAUCAUCUCGGCGGCAGCCUACCGCGCCUUCCGCGCGCGCCGUGCGCCGCUUCUGGCUCGGGAUCGGCCCUUGUCCGGGCUCGCUGCGAUCGGUGCCGCCGUUCGCCAGGGUGAACUGGAUCCCCUGCGCGCCGCCCGGCUUCUGGCUGCCUUCGCUGUCGCCUUCGUUGCCCCGGUUGCCUACCGCGCUUUACCGCAGAUGCGUGUCAGGGGAACGCAACGGCGGGCACUCUCCUCGCCGGCCACCUCGCGACGUCGGUUCCACUGCGGCCACAGCAUGAUCGCAGGCAUGAUUGCAGCGCAACAUAGCCUCUGCCGGCAGACUUACUGCCAUGUUUUCAUGCGCGUCUUGCUGAUCUCAAAUCUCUUCCCUCCCGAGGUUCUGGGCGGCGCGGAAAUCAUGGUCGAAGCGCUGGCGGAGGAGUUGCUUGAGCUGGAUUGCGACGUGACGGUCGCUGCGCUGGCCGCGGACGGCGCCUGGCGUCUGGAGCGGCCAAACGGUUUGUCGGUCGAGUUCGUCUCCGGGCAUCCACUCGGCAACGACCUGCUGUCCGAAAAGCGCGUUCGGUGGCGGCGAGCGGCUUGGUAUCUCCUGGGCGAGGUCAAUCUGCAGGCGCGUCAAAGACUCGGCCGCUUGAUGGACGAGUUCCGCCCGGAUGUCGUGCACACGAGCAACCUGACGGGCUUCGGACCGCAGGCCAUGGCCGCUGCCGCGGCGCGCGGUCUGCCGCUGGUUCACACGGUGCAGGACUAUGGCCUCGUUUGCCUGCGCGGUACGAUGUUCAAGCAGGGGCGACCCUGUGCCGGCCAAUGCGGCGAUUGCCGGGUCGGGACGACCUUGCGUCGCGUCGGUUCCCAGACCGUCCACAGCGUUGUCGGGCUCUCGCAAGCCGUGCUCGACCGCCAUAUGGAACAUGGCUAUUUCCAGGCCUCGGAAGAACAGCAGAUUGUUCGCACCUGGCAUUUGAACGGCGAGCCCGAACACCCACCGCUACCGUCCGAAUCUGGGACGGAUGAACGUCCGGUCCCUGUCACGUUCGGCUACAUUGGCCGCCUUCAUCAGACGAAGGGCAUCGACCGUCUGAUUGAGGCCAUGCGGCGUCUGGACGGGAGCCCGGCAAGACUUCUGAUAGGCGGCACCGGCAACGCGGAUCUGGAGGCGGAGUUGAAGCGGCAGGCCGAUGGCCUGCCGAUCGAGUUCCUCGGUUGGGUGGAUGCCAAAUCCUUCUUCCCGAAAAUCGAUGCCUUGGUCGUGCCGUCGAUCUGGCACGAACCGCUGGGUAUGGUGGUUCGCGAGGCUCACUGGUGGGGCCGGCCUGCCCUCGCGGCCCGGCGGGGCGGCUUGUCCGAGAUCGUGCAUCAUGGCACCGACGGACUCUUGUUCGAUCCGGAUGACGCCGAGGACUUCGCUAAAGCGCUCGCCGAUUUCGCCGGAGACGGCGAGCUCCGUCGCCGGCUGACCGGCGGUGCCCGAACGACGGCUCCAGCCGCCGCGACUGGCGACGCCGCCCGAGCCGCUGUCGGAAGCGACGGGGCCCUAGCCAUGCGUGUCGCAAUCGUCGCGGGCGACUUCCCGGCUCUCUCCGAGACCUUCAUUCUCAAUCACGUCCUGGCACUGCUCCGGGCCGGCGUGGACGUGCGGGUGAUCGCUCACCGUCCGAGGCCGGACAGCCUGACUCAUCCGGAAGUGUCGGAGUACCGAUUGCAGGAGCGGACCAGCUAUCUGGCCCGCCCGGAAGGCUAUGCGGCUCGUCUUUUCGGACUGCCGCGCCGCCUUUCUCGAUCAAGCUCCUUGCGGCGGGUCCGGCACUGGCCCUCCGCUUGCAAUCCCAUCAAGCUGGGACGCGCGGCGCUGGGUUUGGAUCUGCUCUACAGCGUGACGGGCGACCUGCCGGCCGAUCCGCGGUUCGACGUGAUCCAUGCGCAUUUCGGAGACGGCGGAGUUCGCGCGGCUUAUCUGCGGGAGCGCGGAUUUCUUCAGGGCCCUCUGGUAACGACGCUGCACGGCGCCGACGACACCUAUGGGCCGCGACCCCUGCGCUAUCUCGCCAAGCAGGGGGACCUGCAUCUUGCGAUCAGUGGGUUUUGGGCUGAGGAAUUGACUCGGCUCGGUUUUCCCGAGGCACGCGUGCGGGUGCAUCACGUCGGUAUCGACUGCAGCCGGUAUGCCUUCGCGCCACGCUUGGCGGAUGCCGCCGAUCCGCUCAGUCUUGUGACCGUCUGUCGUCUGGCGCCGCGCAAGGGGGUCCAGGACGCACUGGCGGCUUUGGCCGAGGUCCGGCGCCAACGGCCGGCUCUCGCCUUCACCUUUACCGUUAUCGGCGCAGGUCCGAUGGAGACGGAGCUUCGGAACCUGGCGGGUCAGCUUGGUCUGGAACGGGAGGUUCGUUUCCUGGGCGCCGUCGACCAGUCCCGUGUCGCCGACGAACUCUCGAAGGCCGAGGUCUUUCUGCAUCCGAGCUAUACGACGCGCACCGGCGAGCGCGAGGGCAUUCCCGUCUCCAUGAUGGAGGCGAUGGCCCGUGGGCUUGUCGUCGUCUCAACCCUGCAUGCCGGCAUCCCCGAGCUGGUCGAACAGGGUCGCAGUGGCUGGCUGGUGCCCGAGCGCGACGUUCCCGCGCUGGCUGCAGCGGUUCUGCGGGUCGCCUCGUCGCGUGAGAUGAUUGCCGCCUGGGGCGCUGCCGGGCGGCAGCGAGUCGAGACGGCGUUCAAUCGCAAGGACCUCGACCGGCAGUUGCUGGACCUCUAUCGCCAGCUGAGUGACGGCUGGUCGCCAGUUGAGGGGGCUCGGGCGAUGCUGCUGAUCUUGCUCGCCGCCGCAACCGGAGUUGCUCUGACGAUGCCCGGAAUCUCGCUGCUUCACGCAGGCGGGAUCGGUAUUCAGCCGCUUCUGCCGCUGUUGGCGGCCGUCAUCGCUGCCGGUCUGAUAGCGCGCGGCGGCAUUCCGAUCGGGGCGCUGGGGUGGUUGAUGACGAUGGGGACGGCUUUGGCGCUGUCGGCUCUGGUCUCGGUCGAUCCCGGUGCAUCGCUGCUCUACUUCGUGUUCCAACUGAUGACGGCCGCCUUGGCCGCUUUGGGCUUCGGGUAUCUGCUGGCCGAGCGCUCGCUACGCGUCGCCUUUCUCAAUGGCUACAUCUUCGGCGCGCUGCUGUCGGCGGCUGCCUCGGUCCUGCAGUUUGUCACCUCGAGCUUUCUCGGUUUUGCCUUUCGGCUCGCGAACAAUCAGAACUUCGAGCUGCUCGCACCCUGGGGGCGCGGUAUGGCCUUCACGGCGGAGGCGUCGUUGCUUGCGACCGUGAUGAUGCCGGCCUUGCUCGCGGUCUAUCUCGAACGGCAGCGGCAGGACAGCGUGAUCCUGCCGGUCUUCCGAACUCUGCCGGCUUUGCUGCUCCUGCUCGCCGGCUAUGUCGCCUCGAAAUCUUCGACCAUCGUCUUCCUGUUGCCGGCCUUGCUGUUGGCCGAGACGCUGAUGCAACGCGAUCUUUUCGGUGCGAUACGCAAGUACGCCCGUCAUUUCGUCUUUUUCAUCCUGCUCGCGGCCGCCUUCUACCCCCUCUACCAAAGCCGGCUGGCGGCGACCGAUGCUCAGUUCUCGUCCGCUGGGCGCCUUGAGAAGAUCAUGGCCGGUCUGUCUAUCGCUGGCGAGCAUCCCGUGUUCGGGGCGGGGCCGGGCAUGGUUUCGGAUCCGGUCUUCUUCGAUCCCUACGUCAAUCACAUCGUCGACUGGAGUUGGAAAGACUUCGAUGUGCCGGACAAGGGCAUCGACUCGGCUGUCGUUCGCACCUUGGCGGAAAGCGGGAGCUUCGGCCUCCUGGCCACUUACUAUCCGGUGCUCUUGCUGUUCCUCGCCGCCGCCGCCAUGGCCCGGCGGCCCGACGUCCGGCCUUUCCUGCCAAUCGCCGUCUGUCUCUUGUUCUCCCAGGCGCUGGUCUCGGGCUAUCGGGACCUGACCAUUUUCUACCUGGGCUCUGUCAUGACCGACGCCGUUGCCACCCGUUUGCCGGGUCCGAUCAACGAUACGCCUCCGGCGGUCGGCCUCGGCGACCUCUUCGGAAUGAUCCGCCGCCACUGGCUGCCGGCGGGAGCCAUCGUCGCGGUGGUCUUCGCGCUCGGUGGUCUGGCGACCUUCGCCAUGAUCCCCAAGUACGAGGCGCAAGCGCUUGUCAUGGUCCGGGGCGAGCGGAUCGAGAGCCUUCAGGUUCAGAUCGACCAGCUCCGCGGCGAACCUGGAUUUCCCACCGUGUUGAGCGAGGCGGAGAUCCUGAGUUCGCCUGGCCUGCUCGACAGCGUUGUCGAACGCUUGAAUCUGACCGCCGAACCCGAAUUCAACCCGCGCCUCGAAGACGACUUCGAACUGCCGCCGGUGCGUGCUGCCUUCGCCGACGGACGCGAACGUCUUGAGGCGCUGUUGGGCCUGACGCCGGAAGCCCCUGUGCGCAAUCCGGAGCUUGAGCGCCGCAUCGUGCUGGCGCGCCUGCAGGGCGCCGUCUCCGUCGAGCCGCGCGGUCGAUCUUAUGUCGUUGAGGUUGGCGCGGUUUCUCGCUCGGCCGCGUCCGCCGCGCGUCUGGCCAACGGGGUGUCGGAGGCGUACGUCGCUGCGGAGCGAGCCGAGCGCAUGGAGCGUCUGGCCGCACUCGACAGUUGGCUGGAGGAGCGUUUGCAGCAGCUCCGCCGAGAGGUGGUUGCCCGUGCGGAAGCCGUUGAAGUCUUUCGUCAGACGGAGAACCUCUUCGAGGGACAGUCCGGCAGCCUGCAGCUUGAGGAACUCAGCGCGCUUUCCAGCCGGCUCGUCGAGGCUCAGGCCGAUACGGCCCGCGCCCAGGCCCAGCUCUCCGAAGUUCGGCGUGCGGCUGAGUCCGGCUCGGCAAGCGAAGCGCUCUCCUUGGCUGUCGACGCGCCCCUGAUCCAACGGUUGCGUGCCGAGGAGAUCGAGAUGGCCAGUCUCCUGGCUCGUGUCUCCUCGACCCGUGGACCGCAACAUCCGGAAGUGGUGUCCAUCAACAGAGAGUUGGUGGAACUGCGGGGCCGGAUCGGGGGAGAGGUCGAGAAGAUCGUUACCCUGGCCGAGUCUCGGCUUGCCAACGCGCGCGCGCGCGAGCAGUCGAUUGCGGCCUCGCGGCAGGCCCUGAAGGACGAGAUCGACGGCAACCGCGAUUCUUAUGUUCGCUUGACCGAGUUGGAACGCGACGCCGAGUCCGCGCGCGCGGCCCUGGACAGUUUCCAGACGCAGGCCAACCAGCUCGUCGGUGCCGGAGAGAUCGAGCAGCCGACGGCCAUGAUGAUCUCACCGGCCACGUCGCCUCUGUCGCCGGCGCAGCCCAAUCGAAAGGCGCUCUUCGCGCUUUCGCUUGCCGCCGGUCUGAUGCUCGCCGGUCUCUAUGUCAUCCUGCGGGAGGUGACGGAACAGCGUGUGAAGAGCGGCGCUGAGUUGCGGCGUCUCUCGGGGGCGAUGCGGCGCCUCUACGCGAGUAUUCGCCACGGAGACAAUAGCAGCAAUCUCCGUUGUAUCAUGGUCUGCUCUGGCGAAUCCGGCGAGGGCAAGACCAUCACGUCGAUCAGCCUCGCCCAGGAAGCGGCUGCGAUUGGCCGCCGUACCUUACUGAUCGACUUGGAUCUCCAUAAGCGUGACGCCAGUCGCGCUUUCCCUGCCGGUGAGCCGGAAGGGAGCGCCGAUCCCGACUUGGCCGCCGUGAUGGAGCUGCCGGAACGUCUGGACGAGCUGUUGUGGCGCGGCGCGGCCGGGCGUUUGCGUGUGCUACGGCCACGUGCCGAUCUUGUCGACCCGCUGGCUUACCUGGAGCACCCCAGGCUCGACGUCUUGCUCCGCGAGGCGCGACGGCGUUUCGACCUGGUGAUCAUCGAUACUCCGCCUCUUCUCACUCUGCCGGACUCCAGCUUCCUGCUUCGGCGCGUCGAUGCUUGCCUUCUGCUGGUACGCUGGAACCGAACCAAGCGGAGCGCGCUUCGGCAGUCGCUGGACUUGUUGGCCGCCUUCGAGGCGCCGUUGCUUGGUUGCGUCUUCACCCAGGUCAAUCUCAAGCGCUACGGUGCUUACCAGCCCGCCGAGGACGCUGCGUACCAUCGCCCGGCCGCGGUUUACGUUGCGGCCGAGCGGAAACGUUUGGUGGUCGUGAUGUCCGGCUUCCUCGACUGGCUCGGGGCCCGUGCGUCCAGCGGAAAGGUCGUCUAUGCCCAUGUGGCACCGCGACGGCGGGAGCGGCAGGAACGCCUGGAUGUGGAUCUCUAUGAAGCGCCGGUCGACCCCAGUUGGAGACGGCUCGGAGCAAUGGCGGUCGACGGCCUGCUGCGCGGCCGCACGCCUCUGCAGAUUGCGGCCGUCGGUGCGGCCGGGGCGGGGGACACGCUGGCUCGCCUGGUUGGCAAGCUUUCUCCCGACCUGGUCAUCGCGGACACGCUCCGGGUCGGACCUGUGCUGGAUCGGCUGCCUCUGGGCGGAGCGCGCAAGGUCGUCUACCUGGACGACCUCUACUCCCGGCGCUACGCGCGUCUGAUUGAGACCAUGGACCGGCAUCCGGACGCUGAGCUCAACAGCCUCGGGACUUUUGCGCGUUUCCUGCCGGGCUGGAUGGCGCGGAUUGCUAGGGUUCGCGGGCUGCAGCGGGCUUUGCUGCAACGUGAGAUGCGUCUAAUGGAACAGGCCGAGGAUGCGGCUCCUGGCCGGUUCGACCGCUGCCUGCUGAUCAACGAGCAGGAGGCCGGGGUUCUUAGGGCCCGGACUGGUGCGCAGAAUAUCUUCAGCGUACCGCCGUACGUGCGCGUUCGGGAAACGACCGUGACAGCUCGUCCGGUUGACCCUCCCCGUUUUCUCUUCUUGGGGAAUCUAAGCUAUCCGGCAAACGCCUAUGGGCUGUCGCGGCUGCUUUCCGAGACGGUGCCGCCGCUCUUUGCGGCUCUUCCAGGCGCCCGGCUGGACAUUGUCGGCGGCGGUGCCAGUCCUGCCUUGCGCGCUCAGGUCGCCAGUCUUGGCGAGCGGGUGAGGCUGCAUGGCUUUGUCGAUGAUCUCGAUGGCGUCCUUGCCGAAGCGACGGCUUUGGUGGCUCCGGUCGUCUACGGGACGGGGGUGAAGAUCAAGGUGAUCGACGCCCUUGCGCGCGGUCUGCCGAUUGUCUCGACCCCGACCGGCGUCGAAGGGAUCGAGGUGGAGGAUGGUCGCGAAGGCUUUGUCCGCGAAGACCUCGCGGACUUCGUCGAACCGCUCCGCAGACUGACCGACCCAGACCUGAACCGCGUUCGCAUGACGGCCUCAUCGAAGACUCCAGACAAGGCGAGAGCGUCGGGCGAAAUCCUCGUCUCGAUCGUCGUCUGCACGCGGGACCGGGCCGAUGAUCUCGUUCGCUGCCUCGCUGCUAUCCGGGCCUUGAACUGUCCUCCGAUGGUGCAGGUCGACGUCGUGGUGGUGGACAACGGUUCGCGUGACCGUACUCCGGAGGUCGUGGCCUCUGCCGCGGAAGGCAGCCCGAUCCCGAUCCGACGCGUCUAUCUUGCCGAGCCGGGCCUGGCACGGGCAAGAAAUGCCGGUAUUCAAGCCAGCCUCGGCGACUACGUUCUCUUCACCGACGAUGAUUGCCUGGUCGCAACCGACUGGCUCGAGUCCGCCGUUCGGGUGAUGGAGGCCGAUCCGUCCGUCGGUUUAGCCGGAGGGCAGGUGAGACUGCACAAUCCCUGCGAUCUCCCCGAGACGAUCAAGCCUUCCCCUCAUCUCGAAAUGCCGAGAGGGCCUGCCGAUCUGCACGCUCUUCUGCUGGGUUGCAACAUGAUCAUUCGGCGUUCGGUUCUCGAUUCCAUCGGUCUGUUCGACGACCGCUUCGGUGCCGGUAGCCGCUUCAAGUCGUCCGAGGACACCGACAUGGUUUAUCGUGUCUACCGCUCAGGUUUCGCCGUGAUCUACGACCCGCGGUUCCUGGUGUCCCAUAAUCAUGGGCGACGGUCGCUGCCGGAGAUUCGACGCCUGCAUCGCGGCUACAGGAUCGGACGCGGGGCCUUCUACGCAAAGCACCUUCUGCAUGGCCGAUUGGAUGUGCUCUCCAUCCUGUUGCGUCAGUUGGUGCCGCAUCGACGCAGUGCCUAUCCCCUGCCGAGCUGGCCGCGAUAUCUUCGGGCGGUCGUUGGCCAGUUCGUUCGCGCGCCCUGGCUGCUGGCCGGCGCGACAGCUACGCAGGAAGCGACCAACGUCGUUCCACUCGCCCAACUUCGCGGCACGGCGACCAUGUCUCAGAGUGUUCAGCUUCAGGAGCGUUUGAGGGAACUCCGAGCGAAACUGAUGGCUUUGGGAAAGCUGCUGCCAAGCAGCCGUCCGAUCGUCUAUCUGGAUUAUCCUCUGCAUUUGAAUGUCGGAGACCUCUGCCUUCAACUUGGGGCGGAGCAACUCUUCUCGGAUCUCGGUUUGCGCGUGAUCGGUCGUGCAUCGAUGUUCAACGGUGCGGCCUGGUUGCAGCGGCGUCUCGAUCCCUCUGUGACAAUCGUUCUGCAUGCCGGCGGCAAUCUGGGCGAUCUCUGGCCGGGUCAUCAGGACUUUCGCGAGGCCGUCGUCGCCGCUUUCCCCGGCAACCGGAUCGUCAUCCUGCCCCAGUCGCUGCACUUCGCUGACAGACAGGGAUUCGAGGCCUGCAUGACGCGAUGGGCGCGGCAUCCGGACCUACACCUGGUCCUGCGCGACCGCCGAUCGUACGAGCGCGUCUCGGAACACUUGGGCGAACGGGCCUAUCUGGCGCCCGAUCUGGCGCAUGGUCUCUACGAACGCCCGCCCUUCCACAAAGGUAUGGCGAAGCCUGGCCAAGGGAGACUGCGGCUGGUCAGGCAGGAUGUCGAGGCGCUGGUCCUGCCUGAUCACGCAGCCUCGCCCGACCAGCAUUUCGACUGGGCGCAGAUCUAUACGUCUGCGGACCGCCGUGCCUAUGCGCUCCUUCGUCGUCUGCACGGGUUCGACAAUCGCCUGUCGAUGAGUCUGCCUGUCUAUGGCCCCUGGCGACGCCUUGCGGAGCGCGCCGUCGCACGCGGGGCAGAUCAUCUCUGCCGCUUCGCUGAAGUCGAUUCCGACCGUCUGCACGGCAUGCUGAUGUCGCUGCUGCUGCAUCGCCGCGUUCGCUGGCGCGAGAGCCGGACAGGCAAGACGGGUGCCUAUGUAUCGACUUGGCUGUCGGAUCUUCCGGGUUUGACCUUGUCGCAAUCGGGAACGGCGGCAUAG